CAAACUAGCGAGUAGCAGCGUUUUGUAUCUCGGAGAAUUUUGAGCUACUUUUUAGUGAGUAUCCUUCGAAAAUCAACAAUUGAUCAAGAAUUCUGCCAUGGGUGGUUGCAAUCAGUCCAAAGUUGUGCCGGCUUCGUCACCAGCCGAAGAAUUGUCCACGGGGAUGAUCAAGAACAAGUCCCUCUCCUUCUGGAAAUUCCUUAAGAACCGUCGCAACAUGAUUCGGGUAGCCCCUGCCCUGCCCGAGGACCAGCACACCACCGAUGUGUCAGACCGCACCAUCGUGGGUAUCAACAAGCCACCUUCUCCCAUCCACCCCCGCUCGCGUGCCAGUCAUGACGACAGCCCUUCACCGACGUUCAGCGAGGUCAGCUUGUCUCCUUACAUGAUCACUGAGGACACGGCUGAUGGAGAUGAGUUGCUGGAGCUGGAAACUGCCGAGCGUCCAAAAACACCGGAUCUCUACGUCUUGGGCACUCCUCUUUUUGCCAAGAAGAUCAGCAACAAGAAGAAGCUCCAUGCUCGUCAGGAAAGUCAGGAAAUCCUUCGGGAGCUCCGCAAUGCUGGCAUCGUGGCUCGCCCAGAGACACGCGCGGGAGGUGUCGCCUAUGAGUAUUUUGUCAAGGAGAAAUUUGGCCUGCUGAAGAAGCCGCCAGCCCGCCUGGAGAGGCUGAAGAAAGCGAAGAAGAUGAGAGAGGCACAAGGUGAUGCCAAGCUGAGAGAAGAGAUUGAGAGUCGCAUGCAGAUGGCUGAAGAACGUCGCAAGCAAGUACUUGACAAGGUUCGCAUCCAGCAGACACAGCACUUGGUGUUGGACAUCCGAAGAGCCCAUAACAACUUGGCCGCUCUGGAGGAAGACAAGAUCCAAGUAACAGCAGAACGCCUCCAACAGAAGGAGAUCAUGUCUCAGGUUAUGCAGGGUCGUGCCAUCGUCAAUCGUGACCUGCGCAACAUGCAAAAGAAACACCACCACACCGAAGUGCGCCUGCGUGCUACCCUGAAGAAGAUUGCCGAGAAGGAUGAGGAGCUGCGCGAGGCGAGGAAAGUCAUCGAAGUAUCACCGAUGAGAGGCGAGGGACAAGACCACAGACAGUAGGAGGAAAAGGCGGGCGAGCAAAUCUCCAACUAAACGACCAUCAGCUGUUGGGGAAUAAUUAUGUACUAUGUACAUGUCGAUACCUGUCCAAUGGAUUUAAUUCUUGUACUAUGUACAUGUCAGUAUCGGGGAUGAUUACAUCAUUUUGUACUGUGUACAAACGGUCAUUACAGAAGGGGGGUUCAAAGGAAAAACUUUUUAAAAGGAGACAGAAAAACGGAGGGGGGAAUUUCACAAUAUAUGUAAAUAACUGCUGUCACAGGCAAAUUGAGAGGGGAAAUUUGAAAAAGAAAGUAAAUUUUAUUGUGUCAGGAUUGCAAAUAAAUCAAACUCAGCUGGGAGGGGUGUCUAGAUUAAUACUGGAAAAUUUGAUCUUUUCAACAGUAUUGAGGGAAGUCAUUUUGAGGAGAGCCGAAAACCGCUUCAACCAGAAAUAUUAAUUCAUCAAAUGAUUUCUUCAGAAAUACUUACCACCGUCUUCACAUCUUAAUGACUUUGAGACCUCAUGUUUUAUUUGUCAGUGGAAUGUAAGGAAGGGCUUGCAUGAUUUUCUUUUACCAACAGUUAUUCUCAAAGAUGGAAAGCGAUUCUAUCAGUA